UGGCACCCAAGUCUCUGGUACAAAUGGUAACAUCUGCAAAACCAUUCAUAGAGGUUCAUUCUCUCAAAGUAUGAUACUGAAGCACUCCAUCAUCUAAUGGCUUCCACUUUGACUCUCCAAUUCCACUCCCUCUCCUUCCAGACCUCAAUUUGGGUCUCAAAGCAUCAAACACCUGCAUUGGUACUAAAGGUUAGACCCCAAUUCGGGUCCAGUAACGGUCGGUUCAUCUGGGCACGACGGCUAAAACCCACUCACAGGUUCCUACGUAGAGCCAUUGACGGCUCAGGUAGCUCUAAUGGUGAAAACCCUAAUGCCCAUAAUGAUGAGAACUACAAGUAUACCAUAAACCUCAAAGACCCAGUUGACAAGUUCCACGGAAUGAUCAGCUCAGUCUCUCCCAUUGUUUUCAAGAUACGACAACGAGUGGGAUCGAAUUUGGCAAUUGGUUUAUGUAUUGCAACUGCAUUUUUGGUGGUUGCUCUGAGAGUAUUAAUGGUCAGGAAGUCGAAGAACAAUCGUCAAGGCUCUGUAGCUGAUCUUGUCAGACGUGGUCAGCUUAGGUCCGAUAGAAGAGGCAUUUCGAAGCCUCUCAUGUACGAUGACCCAUUCAAUAAUCCAUUGGUUAAAGUUGGAAAGGGAAAUUCGACUAUAGAGAUGUGCGGAAAGGUAUAUCGCCUUGCCCCAAUUACUCUUACGAAAGAGGAACAAGCUAUCCAUCGAAAGAGGAGGUCGCGGGCAUACCAGUGGAAGAGACCGACAAUGUUCCUUAAAGAAGGGGAUUCGAUACCUGCUGACGUUGACCCGGAUACAAUUAGGUGGAUUCCUUCCAAUCAUCCUUUUGCAACCACUGCCGGUGACAUUGAUGAAGACUUGGCACAGACCAAUGUGUAUCAGAAACACGGUGUACCGUAUCGAAUUCAGGCUGAGCAUGAAGCACUGCAGAGAGAGCAAAAGGAGAGCAGGUUAGUGAUGGACUCUAGCAAUGCUACAGAUCCUGUGAAAGCAUUCAAGUCGGGUCCCAAGUCACCCGAGCAUGGGGAAGAAAACCUCAUCAGUAAUGAAGGUAGUGACUCCAAGCCACCCUUAUCAGAACGUGCCUCAAAUUCCUCCAGUAGCAUGUCAUCCUUCGAGGAAAGGCAUAAGCCCUGACUUUAAAUCUGGGCUUCUAUUUCUGUCAUUCAGUGAUGAUUGGAAUUCUGAGUUGUAGUUAGCAGGUCAAGAUGUCAAUUGCAAUUGCAAUUGCAACUUGAUGUAGCUACUUUAGAUAUCCGGUUUUAAAAGUUCAGGUCGGCCUGUAAAUAGGAUCUAGUUUCAUCUCUGAAAUAUACUGUUUUAUAGAUGACAAUUUAAUAUUGUAGAAUUGUGCACUCUGUUUAUCUGAUUUCACUCUCAAAUGCCCUGA